AUGAAGUGUCAAGUAUCCUUGGUAGUGCUGCUCAUCAGCCUCGUCUGCGUGUCGCUGGCCGAGAGGCCCUCCCACAUGCUGAAGGCACGUCGCAGCUCCUACAUCAAUGAACCUGUCCUAGCUAGGUCCAAUGAUGCCGUUGUAGCUGCAGCCCUGGAUCAGAAUGCCGAGCAGGUGCCAGUUGCUGGAUCAGGUGGCGGUGUCGGUGUCGGAGCGAAUGGCAACAAAGAUGCUUCCAGUGGACGUCUGUUUUUGAAGAAGUUCCUCACGUUCAAGAACAUGUUUGGUAGCAACAACCAGCCGGUGAUACCUAUUAUUAUAACGAGUCCUGGCACCACCACUGCAGCAACCACCCCAUCCGUAACUACAGUAACCUCAACUGGUACCAUACCAUCGGCAACUGGAACAGUGACUAAUACACCAGCGUCAGCGACUUCCGCCACUACCCCCAGUUCCCCCACUACCCCCACAGGCCGUGUAUAUAAUAAUGAGCAGGAGGACAAUCAGAUGGCCGAUGAUGAAGACGAGGAGCAAAUGCAGCCAGCCGGUGGCGUUGCCAUGGCAGCUAACGCUGAGCUACUCGAUGAGCAGGCCAUGCAGGCGGCACUCGCUGCCGGCGCCCAGGAAUAUGAGGUAUUCACCGAUGGUGAUCAAGCGGACGAGAGCAAGGCCAGCCAGAACAAUCACAUCAAUUUGCGUCGGGGAGGACGUCGUGGUCAGUCGCAGGUGAUCAGUGUGCGUAUUCCACCACGUUAUCGUCGCUAUUUCAAGAAUGGACAGAAGGUCAUGCUCAACACCAAGAGCCGGCCCAACAAGCGUCGUGUGAUUAGGAAGCGUGUCCAGAACAAUAACAAGAGAUUCAACAAUCGUCGUCGCGGUGGCAAGAACAAGAACAAAAAGAACAAGGGCAAAGGCAAGAACAAGAACAAGAACAAGCGUCCACGCAUCCCAUUUGUCUAA